GCUUCUUCUGAUGAAAUUCCAGAUGUGGAAGGCUACUGCAGGUCACACCAUUUCCGUCAGUCAGGAUGAUGGAGCUGAUGACUGGGAGACAGACCCCGAUUUUGUGAAUGAUGUGAGUGAGAAAGAACAGCGCUGGGGGGCUAAAACUGUGAAUGGAUCCGGCCAUCAAGAGCACAUCAAUAUCCAUCAGCUGAGGGAGAACGUCUACCAAGAACACCAGAACCUCAAAGAGAAGGAGCUUGAAACAGGACCAAAAGCCUCGCAUGGCUAUGGAGGGAAGUUUGGCGUGGAACAAGAUCGCAUGGAUAAGUCAGCUGUUGGGCAUGAGUAUCAAUCCAAGCUUUCUAAACACUGCUCCCAGGUGGAUUCAGUGAAAGGGUUUGGAGGCAAGUUUGGAGUACAGACAGACAGAGUUGACCAGUCAGCUGUUGGGUUUGAGUAUCAAGGGAAAACUGAGAAGCAUGCCUCUCAGAAAGAUUAUUCCAAAGGUUUUGGUGGGAAAUAUGGUGUUGACAAGGACAAAGUGGACAAAAGUGCUGUUGGUUUUGACUAUCAAGGCAAAACGGAAAAACAUGAAUCACAGAAAGAUUAUGUGAAUGGGUUUGGAGGCAAGUUUGGUGUGCAGACAGACAGGCAAGACAAAUGUGCGCUCGGCUGGGAUCACCAGGAGAAAGUGCAGCUCCACGAAUCCCAGAAAGACUAUAAGAGUGGUUUCGGAGGGAAAUUUGGUGUACAGAGAGAAAGGCAGGACCCAUCUGCUGUGGGGUUUGAAUACAAGGAGAAACUAGCCAAGCAUGAAUCUCAACAAGAUUACUCCAAAGGAUUUGGUGGGAAGUAUGGUGUGCAGAAAGAUCGGAUGGAUAAGAAUGCAGCAACUUUUGAGGAUAUUGAGAAACCAACAUCAACUUACCAGAAGACCAAGCCAAUAGAAGCUGUUGCUAAUAAAACAAGCAGCAUCCGAGCUAACUUUGAAAACCUAGCCAAGGAAAAAGAGCAGGAAGACCGAAGGAAGGCAGAAGCUGAAAGAGCACAGAGAAUGGCUAGGGAGAAACAAGAGCAGGAGGAGGCUCGAAGGAAACUAGAGGAACAAGCUAAAGCCAAAAAAGAAACUCCACCACCAUCUCCGACCACACUGCCAGCUGAACAGAAGGCACCCUCAAGCCCCGUCUAUGAGGACACAGCUUCCUAUGAAGCAGAGUCUGCCCACAAGAAUUCUAGCGUGGUGCAUUCCGCUGCGCGCGAGCCAGAACCUGGCUGCAAAGCUGCAGAGUCGGACUACCAAGAAGCAGUGAGCCAGCGAGAGCCGGAGUACGAGCCCGAGACCGUCUAUGAAGUGGCAGGGGCAGGAGACCAGUAUCAGCCAGAAGAAAAUGCUUAUGAUGAAUAUGAAAAUGAACUUGGAAUUACAGCCAUAGCCCUUUAUGAUUAUCAAGCUGCCGGCGAUGACGAGAUUUCCUUUGAUCCAGAUGACAUCAUCACAAACAUAGAGAUGAUCGAUGACGGCUGGUGGAGGGGGGUCUGCAAAGGCCGGUACGGGUUGUUCCCAGCCAAUUACGUGGAGCUGAGGCAAUAGAGAUGAUUGUCUACUGGAUAUGCCUUAAUUCCCCAGUCAAUAAAUCUGACCUACUACACUACAAAUCAUGAUGCUUUUCUGAGGAUGGAGGGGUAUAUACAUAUUGCUUUUAUAUUUAAUACCUUGCUGAUGCUUUUUAAAAUGUUUAUGCCACAGAAGUUGCUAAUAUAUUGUAACGAUUAUGUUAUUCACUGAGGCUCUUAAUGAUUUUCAAGCAUUUUGAAAACAUUUCUUCUCUGCCAAAUUAGUAAUUGUCGUAAAAACCCUUUUCAAGGGCAGUUAGCUGUCUGUCUAAAUAUUGCAUGUUUUACUCAUAGGUGAGCAGAUUUACCUAGUGUUUAAGUCUAGUUAGUCUUCCACUAAAUGUUAUCAGCUAAGAAAAUCAUGGCUAUGCAAGUAAAUUGCAUUUUCACCAAGAGGGAGUGGGGAGGACUGGAGAGGGGCAUAAUUUUG